AACGUUGUGCUCCUGGUUUCGUCCAGUAUUUAAAAACAAGAGGAUGGUAAUGCGUUUCUACUUCCCAAAAGCGGAACUGAGUACGAGACCAACUGACCAACUACUGCCUUAACUAAACAAACACAUUUUACCAGUAAGUUAGCGAUUAAAGGACAACGUGAAACAUCAUGAGUAUACAACCCCAGAGCGUAGAGCUUAAGGCCACAGGAGGGGCGGCAAACUUGGACACCAGCAAGAUGGCAGACAUGUCAGUGGAGGACAUCACAAUGAGAGCCAAUCAAGUUACAGAUGAGUCACUUGAAAGCACUAGGCGGAUGCUCCAGAUGGCAGAGGAGAGCCGGGAGACAGGGGUCAAAACAAUGACCAUGCUGGAUGAGCAGGGAGAGCAACUGAGGCGAGUUGAUCAAGGAAUGGAUCAGAUCAAUCAGGACAUGAGGCAGGCUGAGAAGAACCUGACUGAUUUGUCCAAAUGCUGUGGCCUGUGUGUGUGCCCAUGUGACAGAGUGUCUUCCAUUGAGGCUGAUGGGAGAUAUAAGCGGACUUGGGGCACAGGCGGUGAUAACUCAGGCACGCAGGAUAAAGAGGGUGGUGUGGUAUCCAGCCAACCGACCGCCGUUCGCAAUGGGCAGGCUGUUUCGGGUGGGUCAGCGGGUGCCACCGGCCCCUACAUCAAUAGAGUAACAAAUGAUGCACGAGAAGAUGAGAUGGAGGAGAAUCUGGAGCAGGUGGGCAGCAUCAUCGGGAAUCUCAAGAAUCUGGCCAUGGACAUGGGCAACGAGAUCGACAAACAGAACAAGACCAUUGACCGCAUCACUGAUAAGGCUGAUAUGAAUAAAGCUCGCAUUGAUGAAGCCAACCAACGAGCCAACAAACUUCUGUAAGAGUGGACACCGCCAGCAUCGCUCAGGAGCCUGAUUGUUUGAUCUUACCACACACUUACACUUAAACUUUCUGAUUCACAGCAAUGAAUUGCAGCAUGUGAGUUAAGCUCUUCCAAUGCCAUCUGUGCCUUUUAUUGCAGCAUUUGUUCUAUUGUAAAUAGGUGGACACACACACACACACACACACACACACAUAUUAAAGCCUCCUACACAAUCAAGUCUUCACCCUUAAUAUGUGAGACAAAUUUGCUGGACGCACAGUGUGCAGUUGUUUUUGCGGCUUUGCUCACUGCUGUCCUGUCAGUCUGUAAUGGAUAGAGUCUAAUCUCUCGGGAUGGUGAUGGGUUUUGUCCGUCCCUCUCUCUGGACUUGAGUCAACAUGGCUAAUUGUUUUACUAAUCUGAAUGAGAGGCCAAAGACUUACGACAGAACCUUUAAUGUCCUUGUAUACUGCCUAUAUAGCCUUUAUGUGUGUUUGGCUAAUUAUAUGUUUGGUUUUAAUGUCAUGUUUUCCCAUGUUUAGCUGGUUUUGUGACUGAUUAUACUCAUAUUUAAUUAUCGUAAGACAGUAAUGGGCCUUGUGAAUACAAAAUAGUCUUGUUUAAUGUUUUGGGUAAAAUGUAUGGUAGUCUUUUUUUAAUGGCAUAAUUUACCAUGCUAUAUAGGACUAGUACAUUUCACUGUAUCUAUUUUUAUUUCUAAUAAAGCCAGUAUAAACCUUC